CAGAGCCCGAGAACAGUCAGAGGCAUGAGCGUGUCCUUCCCUGGAGCUGAGUGAGCGAGCCAACACCUCGCCGCUCGCUGCCUGGCUGGGUCACAGCCAAGCACCAAUCAGGAAGCCAGGGCCCAUGAAUCAUCUGUCAGCCGGCGUCAGGGAGGAGGCGGAGCCGCUGCUCGGUCUGGAUGAAUAUGGGCAUCGGGAGCAACGCGGAGGAGAGAGAGAGGAGACGCCCCUCAAAAAUCUUUGCGAUCUUCGCCUUCUCGACAUGCGGCAGUUACUCCGGCAUGUUCAAGAUGAGCGUGGAGUGUAAAAACCGCUCGGAGAGCGACCUGAGCAUCGAAGUAGAAUUUGAAUAUCCGUUCAGGCUGCACCAGGUUUACUUUGACGCCCCCACCUGUAAGGAGGGGAAGCCCGAGCGGUUGUUCCUGGUCGGGGACUACUCUUCCUCCGCCGAGUUCUUCGUCACCAUCGGUGUCUUCUCCUUCCUGUACUCCAUGGCCGCCCUGUCGGUUUACUGCUUCGUCAUCGAGAAGUACCGCGAUAACAACAAGGGGGCCCAGAUUGACUUCGUGGUGACGGCCGUCUUCGCCUUCAUGUGGCUGGUGUCGUCUUGUGCCUGGGCCAAAGGCCUGUCGGACGUGAAGACGGCCACCGAUCCGGAGAAGGUCGUCACGCUCAUCGCAGCCUGCGACGAACCAGAGAAUCGCUGUCGUGAGAUCUACGAGCCCAAAGUGUCCGGCCUCAACACCUCAGUGGCGUUCGGCUUCAUCAACCUGAUCCUGUGGAUCGGGAACCUGUGGUUCGUGUUCAAGGAGACCGGCUGGUUGGCGUCCUUCUCCGGAACAUACGUCCCGUCGCAGGAGAAGCAGCCCGCCCCCGACUCCUUCGGCCAGGGAGGCUACGGCCAGCAGGACCCCUACGCCGGCUCCCAGGGGGGCUACCAGCCCGACUACGGCCAGCAGGGGGGCUACAGCGAGGAGGGGGGCUACAGCCAGGGCUACGAGCAGCAGCAGCAGCCCACCUCCUACUCCAAUCAGAUGUGAGCCUGUCCACGGUGACCUGGGGACUCUCGACCUCCACCUGCAUCUCCACACUCCUGUGUCUGUUUGUGUAUCUGUGAGUGACAGGCGGAGGGAGGGCGGAGCCUGGUGAGGGGGAGGGGAGUAGGGUGGGGGUGGGGGGGGGGGGUGCAGGGUCUUUGCUGUAACAUGAUGUUUAUUCUCGUGAUGUAUUAAACUGUAGAAGACAACGGAGAUUGUCUGUUUGGUUAUACGAGAAAAACUUGAAUACAAAAACCAAAACAUUCGUUGACGAACAUUUAAGAGAGAAAAAGAUUUAUGAAAAAAAUGAAAAUAAAAUUGUAGUAAUAUUAAACCUGGGAGAAUGUAUUUGUCUGUGCUGUGUAAAUAUCGACAUGUAUCCAUGUACACAGUUGAAUAAUUGUGCACUCCAUAUUAGUUGUUAUACAACAAAUGUUGAGCACAGAGUUAUUCAACUGAAUAUUUACUUUGGUUCUGUUCAGGAGCUCACGUGGUUUCAAUCAUUCAUACGUUCACACGCUCAUCAAAGAGUCUAUGAAUAUGUUUCUUUGACCUUUUUUCUCUAUUAAAUUUCGCAUGUGAUGGAAACGAUGGAAGGGAAUUUGUUUCAACUGGAUUUGUGUUUUUAUAUCUGUGUUUUUCCAUCAAAUAUCACAAUUGUCAAGAGGGAAAGAAUUCGUUAAUACACAGAUCAGAGAGGACCGAGGGUUGAUCAGUGAGCAUGGUCCAAUCUGGUGGUGUACAGUACUAUCUGUAGUGUACAGUACUAACUGUAGUGUACAGUAGUAUCGGUAGUGUACAGUAGUAUCGGUAGUGUACAGUACUUACUGUACGUUGUGAAUCAGGGCCGAGAACAACAGUGUUAGAAGUGUGUGUUUGGUUAUUUGUUCUGAUUUAUGUGACGACAUCAUCACGUUUUGUCCGUGAACCUCGUCCUGUUUGUUUUCCUCCUUUGUGAUCCAGAAAGUUUCAGUCAUUUAGCGGUUUAAAAGAAACGUUUUUUAUUUUAACGGAAAUCAGUGACAUGCAUACGUUAACAUGAACAGGUACAUUACAACAGGUACAUUACUGGUUAUGCCCGUGGUAAACAGAUAUUAUUAUUAUUAUCAUGAGGCGGUCUCCACAUACACUUCUGAAUCGACUGUCCCUCUGAAGUUAUUGCAUGAAUCUUACACAUGAUAUCGUUACGAGCUGCAGGAACGUGUUGGUACUGUUGUACAGUGGAUCUGAUCAUCACAGUUACUGUACAGCACACACACAUCUGACUCAAAGCACAAAGUGAGUGCUGCAAUAAUGAAUCUCCUCAGAUUGAAAUGCCGCUCCUCUGUUUGGACAUAUACAAGGUCGUGUUUGCCAAACAGUGAGACGUGUGUCGGUUGGUAGUUUGAAUCCUCGUCAGAAUGAUUUGUCUUCCACCUCCAGUUCACUGAUCCGUCGCUCCGCCGUGGUUCACUCAUUCUGUUUUUCAAAAUCUUUUUUUGAGUGUCGAAGCCCCCGGCGUGCCCCCCCCCCUCGUUCAUCGUAGCUCUUAUAAAUAUGCUGAAAUGAAAUAUACUCUGUUGUUAGUGGUGAAUGAUGUCUUGUGAUACUCUCUACGCCUUUGGAUAGUGCUGUGAUUAUUGUGUAUGAUGUAUUCAUAUUAGUAUUUAUGAUAAUUAUAAAGUCAGAGGAGAUAAAAAAAAAGAUCUGAGACGCUCCAGAAUUCUGCUGUAUUCUUAUUAAAUGGGAUCCAUGUGAAACAAAAUGAAAUAAACUUGAAAUUAUUCUGUA